GCGAGGUCAGAAGACUGUGAUGAGCUGUUACGAAUAGAAGAGGAUACACACUGGCAAACGGAGGGCAUAAUAAGUUCAUCCCAAGAUCAGGACAUGGAUAUAGAGAUGAUUGAGCAACUGAGAGAAGCAGUAGAUUUGCUGCAAGAGCCCAGCGGAUUAAGCACAGAUAUUACAGAGAGAAGUGUUUUAAACCUAUAUCCUAUGAGAUCAGCCGAAGCCUUAGAAUUACAAGAUUCUGCACUAAAUGGUCAAAUACAGCUGGAGACAUCUCUGUUGUGUGAGGUGCAAAACGAUCUAACAUUACAGAGUAAUGGGAGCCAGUAUUCCCCAAAUGAGAUGAGAGAGAACUCCCCUGCAGUCUCUCCUACCACAAACAGCACAGCUCCGUUUGGCCUGAAGCCUCGAUCAGUAUUUCUAAGACCUCAGAGAAAUCUGGAAUCUAUAGACCCACAGUUUACAAUCCGGAGGAAAAUGGAGCAGUUGAGAGAAGAGAAAGAACUGGUGGAACAACUCCGUGAGAGCAUCGAGAUGAGACUGAAGGUCAGUCUGCAUGAAGACCUGGGAGCAGCUCUCAUGGAUGGUGUUGUCCUCUGCCAUCUGGUCAACCAUAUCCGCCCACGGUCCGUUGCAAGCAUCCAUGUUCCCUCACCAGCGGUUCCCAAACUUAGCAUGGCCAAAUGCAGAAGAAAUGUGGAAAACUUUUUGGAAGCAUGCCGAAAAUUAGGAGUACCAGAGGAAAAACUAUGUCUGCCCCAUCACAUCCUUGAAGAGAAAGGCCUGGUCAAAGUGGGCAUCACUGUUCAAGCAUUACUAGACGUCACUGUCACGAAGACUCUGUUCACAUGAAACCAACCUCUCUCUUUCGGGUGGGCUCAGACUGCUCCCUUCAAGGGUCCUGAACUCUGCUCCUGGCACCUGUUCAACCCUCUCUCCCAUCCACUGCCUGUCUGUUCACUGACUCCAGUUGCAUUGAAAAGGUUUUCAAGAUGAAGGAGGAUUUUUUGCCUUUCAGAGCUGAUCUCCAACGUUAAGACUUGCCAGGUAUUUUCUUGAAGCCGGUGAGGGAGCUGGGGAAAGACUGAGUGGCACAUCAGUGCCUUUGACACCCUCCUUCAUAAACCCUUCCACACUCACCUACUGCCAUUACCAAAACGCCAAGCACAACCGUUCUGCAGCAAGACGCAUUUGUUUUAUUAAAACCCAGCUCAUUACAUAUUUAAUGGGGGUGGGGAAGGGGUGCAAUCAGGUUUUUCACCACCAAAUUAUUCAAGAAGUUUCUUGAGACCAUUGCCUUUUAAAAAACUAUUUUCGACAUACAAAAUAUUUAUAUAAAUAUUAUUUAUUAGUGAGUUGUUAUUCAUCCUUUGGAUGCAAAUUGUAAAUUAGGAAACUAUUUUAUUACUGCUUUUUUGUGGUUAAACACUUUAUUUUAAUAUUAUAAAUAUUGAGUUAUUUUCUAUCAUCUUUGGUGUGCAGUAGUUCUAGGUCUCAGUAAUCAUAUCUCUGAGGUCAUAUGAUUCAAAAAAUUAAGCAAAAAAAAAAAACAGGUGCUUUUAUGAUAAAGUUGUUUUCUGGGGAGGCAUGAUUGACACUUUGGUUUGUGGAACAUUGGUUUUAUUUCUAUUUCUGCAUUCCAUCCAGUUUCCUACAUUCCAGCAGCCCUGUUGUCUCCAAAGACUGACUGAAAUCAAGAGAGCACCCCAAAGUUAUUUGUAAAUAGCUAUGAUGGAAAAAAAAAGACAUAUUAAACUUGAAGAUAAAAUGUGAACAAUUAUUUUUUUGGAUUCAUACUUCUUUUGCUAUGCACAAAACAUUCACAUUUUAAUACAAAGGAGUACUAAGUGUUAGCAUCAUGUGUCUUGAAGUCUAAUUUUGCACUGUAACUUGGGUUACGUUAAAGAGAGCCUAGCACCAAAGGUAGAUAAUGGAGAAAUGGGAUAGGAAAGUGGAGAUGAUGAAAAGUUUAUUGUUUAGCCAAAAAGCUUUGUAAGGGAGUCUUCGACUGAGUAACAGAAAUUACUUAAGACGCAUAGGACCUGGGUUAGGAAAUCAGCACUUCUGACAACUGCCAGUUUUAAGAGCGGAAAUGAUUCUGAAAUGUGCUCAUUUUAUUCUCAUUUAGUUAGUGGUUUUCAAAGUCAUCUGUAAAAAAUCCUGCAAGAUUCAUGGUCUCUAGUGUGAAACCUCAGAAGUGAGUCAUCCGUGGUCCGGUAGGCAGCUCCACGCACCACCACGGCAGCCUAAGAAGGGGAAGUAAGUGGAAUUUGUGAGUCUGAGUGGCCGGGGAGGGAGCAUGUGUAAAUAAAAUAGGACUAGAGAAGAGCCAGCCAAGGAAAGGAACCCGUGUAGGUCCGAGAAAGUCACAGAUGGCUUCACAGAACAUGACAACCCUUUGUAGGCAGUUACAUGCAUGUCCCCUCACACUGCAGUUACAGGUAUCCCGGUCAUUAAUCUUUCAAAGUCUUAGGAAAGCUGACUGCACUUACCCCUCCAUGAAAAGCCAUUGGAAGAUUUUAGAGCAGCAGUAGCCACAAUUUGUAAGACAAAUGUAGAGGUGAACACAAAAGAAAAGACAUCAGGAGGAGAAUGCAUGUGUUUCAACACAGGCCAACAUCAACCAACGCGAAGCUUCCCUUUGCUCUAGGGAAGAUGGAGGGGGUCUCUGCAAGUGGAAAUUGAAUUGGCAGCUAGCAGUUAUUUCCUAUCAAAUGUACCGUGCACUUUAACCUAACUUAAAACAUAUUUUAAUAUUUUUCUGUACUACACAAAUACCUGUUUUGUCAGAUAGCAUAAUGAUGUAAAGAAGAAAGACAUUUUGAACAAAGAGCGUAUACAGCUUAAGCAACAUUCAAAGGUUGAUUAUAUAAAUAGGAAUUUAGACUGCUGCACCUUCACGGACAUUUAGAAUGCAGGGUCCUGAAAUAUUUUUUUACAUGUAUAUAUGGCAACAUGAAGCUCUGUAAUCAUUGUUUUGAGAGAUUUUUUUCAAAAUUAAAAUAUUUCUUUUGAUAUUAAUUUUUAUUUCUUGAAGUUGGCUGUAUAAUAUAAAUGGCUUCAGUAUUUUGUAAAAUGGCUCUUUUUUCCUUUUAAUUGCAGUCCUUGUAUGGCUAAGAUGUCUUUGAAUUCUUGUACACUGUUUAUAUGUGCAAUAAAAUGUGCAUGACCAGCUGACAGUUCCAUAAUUGGACAGAGUGUAUAUAGUGCCAUUAUCCUUCCUUUUAUUAUUUAACUGCCAUUAAAACUUUGGAUUUGUA